GCCACGACGUUAGCUAUGCGGAAGGGUCUGUUGGCGAGCCAGUCCGCCGGAGCGAGAGGGACCCGAGAGGAGCCGCCGCGCCGAGAGGAGGAGGAGGAGGAGGAGGAAGGAGCCGCCGCCGCCGCCGCCGCCAUGGUCCCCCUGCCGGUCCCCGCAAGCGGGCCUCCGCCUCCCCACGCGCGGCUGCUGCUCUUGCCGGCGGCCGCCGCCUCCUCCUCGGCAGCCGCGCCGCCCGCCCCCGGCGCGGCCUUGUCUCCGCCGCCGCGCAAGAGGCAGCGCCUGGCGCACCUCAGCCCCGAGGAGAAGGCGCUGCGCCGGAAGCUGAAGAACCGCGUGGCGGCGCAGAGCGCGCGGGACCGCAAGAAGGCGCGCAUGGGCGAGCUGGAGCGGCAGGCCGUGGAACUGGAGGCGGAGAACCAGAAGCUGCUGGCCGAGAACCAGGCGCUUCGCGAGCGGACGCACAGCCUGGCGCGGGAGAACCGGGAGCUGCGCCUCCGCCUCGGGCUCCCCGCUCUGGAAGCGGCGGCGGCACCGCCCGCAGGAGCGGAAGGAGGGGCAGCACCGAUGGCAGUAGCGCUCAAGGUGGAGAUGCUGGAAGAAGAUGAGGGGGAGCAGCCCGAGAGGGGCAGCACCACUGGGGCAACGGCCGGGUCCGCUGAGUCUGCAGCACUUAGACUACGUGUCUCUGCAGCAGGGACAGGCCCAGCAGCCGCUCGCCUUGGUGGUGGUGGUGGCCUCCGCUUGGAUCCAGACAACUCUGAUUCUUCAGAUUCUGAGUCUGAUCUCCUCUUGGGUAUUCUGGACAGCUUGGAUCCAGACUUGUUCCUGCACUAUGGAGGAAGUGCAGAACCAGCCUGUGUGGAGAAGUUGCACCAAGAAGCGAGUGGAGAAGCAGAUUCCUUACCAGCCUCCCCCAGUUCCUCUCUGGGGUCCACAACACCCAAGCUGGAGGCCAUUAAUGAACUUAUACGGUUUGACCAUGAGUAUACCAAACCCUUCUUCCUGGAGAUUGUGGCGGAGGGGGAGGGCCAAGCCAAUAUGCUAGUGAGAAUAGAGGAAGUUGUUCCUCCCUCCUCUGAAAGCGUCCCCCUGGAGUACCCCAUCUCUGUCAAGGAGGAGCCUGUCAAUGUUCUCUUACCUGAGCUGGGCGUCUCCCACCUGCUCACCUCAGACCAGAAGCCUCAGCUCACCCCCUGUCUGCUAGAUGCUUCCAGUGAUUCAGGUUAUGAGGGCUCCCCUUCCCCUUUCAGUGACCUGUCCUCCCCAUUGGAUGCAGAGUAUGGCUGGGAGGAGGCCUUUGCCAAUGAACUUUUUCCGCAGCUGAUCAGUGUGUAAAAGAGUCUCUGACUCCCCCAGUGAGCCCCUGCCCUCACAGCCAAAAGGAGAGCAGGGCUACUUAUAAAGAACAUUCCUCUUGAAAGUGUUUCAGCAGAACCUUAAGUAUUGUUCUCAUUUGUAUGUUUUAUCUACCCAACAUUUGCCUAAUGCAGAGAUGAGGCGAUCUAAGAAAUUGACAUUUUACAGGGUUAGAAGUGGGCACCUGUGCUCUUUGAGGAAGACAUUGCCCUAUGAGGGGUGGGUGGGUUUUCCCCUUUUCAUUUAUGUAAAUAAUGGGGCAAUUUGGGAUAGAAAUCUUUUGUAAAACAAAAAAGUGUAAUAAUUAUUUUUCCUCCGCUGCAUAUUUAAACAACUAUCUGCAAUUAAAAAAAUGGAAGUGAUUUCUUGCCUGCCUUCCCCACCCUAUUAAACGUGUAAAAUACUUUUCCUAUA